AUGGCUUCUUCCACAACAACUCUGUUUCAAUCUUCACCCUUCUCUCUCAACGCCAAAACCAAACCGUAUUCUCUUCCCAAAUCAAAACCCACCAAUUUCAUCAUCAAAUCCCAAUCCCAAUCUCAACCAGAACCCCUCACUCACAACAACAACAACAACUCAACUCCUUCCUCCGCCACUCCAUCGCCUGCUUCCUCCAAACACCGCCGUCCCGCCGACGAAAACAUCCGCGACGAAGCUCGUCGCAUUAACGUCUCCCAACGUCUCUUCUCCGCGAAAUACGUCCCUUUCAACGCCGAUCCGUCUUCCACUGAAUCCUACUCCCUCGACGAGAUCGUUUAUCGAUCCCAAUCCGGGGGCCUCCUCGAUGUCCAACACGAUCUCGACGCGCUCAAGAAAUUCGAUGGCGCUUACUGGCGUAACCUCUUCGAUUCACGCGUGGGGAAAACCACGUGGCCUUAUGGUUCUGGUGUGUGGAGCAAAAAAGAGUGGGUUCUUCCUGAGAUCAACGAUGAUGACAUCGUUAGUGCUUUUGAAGGUAACUCUAAUCUUUUCUGGGCUGAGCGUUUUGGCAAACAGUUUCUAGGCAUGAAUGAUCUGUGGGUUAAGAAUUGCGGUACUAGUCAUACUGGUAGUUUCAAGGAUCUAGGUAUGACAGUUCUUGUUAGCCAGGUUAACCGUCUCAGGAAAAUGAACCGCCCUGUUGUUGGUGUUGGUUGUGCUUCCACUGGGGAUACUUCCGCUGCUUUGUCUGCUUAUUGUGCAUCUGCUGGGAUACCUUCCAUUGUUUUCCUGCCUGCUAAUAGAAUCUCUAUUGCUCAAUUGGUUCAGCCGAUUGCGAAUGGGGCGUUUGUUCUUAGCAUCGACACUGAUUUUGAUGGGUGCAUGCAGUUGAUUCGUGAAGUAACUGCUGAAUUGCCUAUUUAUUUGGCUAAUUCUCUUAACAGUUUGAGGCUUGAAGGACAGAAAACUGCUGCUAUUGAGAUUCUGCAGCAGUUUGAUUGGCAGGUGCCUGAUUGGGUUAUUGUACCCGGUGGAAACCUUGGAAAUAUUUAUGCUUUUUAUAAAGGGUUUCAUAUGUGUAAAGAGUUAGGUCUUGUGGAUAGGAUUCCAAGGCUUGUUUGUGCUCAAGCUGCAAAUGCAAAUCCUUUGUAUUUGUAUUUUAAGUCGGGCUGGAAAGAGUUUAAGCCAGUUAGGGCACAGACUACUUUUGCAUCUGCUAUUCAGAUUGGUGAUCCUGUUUCUAUUGAUAGAGCUGUUCACGCUUUGAAGAAUUGUAAUGGUAUUGUUGAGGAAGCUACUGAGGAAGAAUUGAUGGAUGCUAUGGCUCAGGCUGAUUCGACUGGAAUGUUUACUUGUCCUCACACUGGUGUUGCUUUGACUGCUUUGUUUAAGCUCAGGAAUAGUGGUGUUAUUAAGCCUACUGAUAGGACUGUUGUUGUGAGCACUGCACAUGGGUUGAAGUUUACUCAGUCCAAAAUUGAUUACCAUUCAAAGAAUAUCAAAGACUUGGCUUGCCAAUUUGCCAAUCCUCCAAUGCAGGUCAAGGCUGAUUUUGGAUCUGUUAUGGAUGUUUUGUCCAAGUAUUUGCAGAGCAAGGCACCCAAGUAUCAUUAG